AGACACACAAUCUCGCUCCCUACUGAGCUUAACUGAACGGAUAUUUAAACGCCACCCGACUGAGACACCAUCCCUACCAGCAUCAACCUGCUGCUAUGUGUAAAGGACUAGCAUCACUGCCUACCUGCUGCUUGGAAAGGGCCAAAGAGCUGAAAGCAAGGCUGGGAAGCAUUUUGCAAAGACCCAAAUGGAAUAUAUCCUGCUGCAAAAUAGGGAAAAAUAAGCCAACGCUGGAGGAAUGUCUUAGGUGGAAGGAGUCCUUUGAAAAACUCCUGUCCAGCAAAUAUGGACUGUGUGCCUUCACAGCCUUCUUGGUAUCUGAGUUCAGCGAGGAGAACAUUGCGUUCUACUUUGCCUGCGAGGACUACAGGAAUACCAAGUCUCUUGCCAAACUACCCGCUAAAGCCAAGAAGAUCUAUGAUGAAUUCAUUGGCAGUGAUGCUCCCAGGGAGAUUAAUAUUGACCAUGAAACCCAUGACAUCACCAAAGCCAACAUGCUGGUCCCCUCAACUUCUUGUUUCGAUUUGGCCCAGCACAAGAUCUACAUUCUCAUGGCCAAAGACUGCUACCCUCGCUUCCUCCGCUCUCCAGCCUACAGAGAUCUGGUGUGCCAAGCCAAACCAAGCGCCAAGGCCACCAAGCAGCCCCAGCAGGAGAAGAAGGCAUGAAGACAAAUCUUUCCAUGAGCCGAUGAAGGAUUGUUCAGAUUGGCCUUAAGGGUUGAGAAGGCAGCAGAAGGAGACAUGGCGUUAGGUGCUGCAUCAUGAAGCCAGACACAGAUGCAGAUGCAGAGAUCGUCAUGAGGGCAUCGGUGGAUUCUGUAGAUGCCGUCUCUUUGAAGAUAAGGAAGGACAGAAAGAAAAAAGGAAAAUAGAGCAGAAGUUGGAGGCAGACGCCUUAAAGUGGACUGAAUACAGAUGGAGUUUGGACAGUAAAGUCAAGAGACAGUGUAACAGACAGAGUGACAAUCAAACAGGAGGGCAUGAAAAGUGGGAAAUGCACUUUUCUUUGCCAUUAGGCAAUCUUUUGUGGUUGUGAUUUGCAGUGUCCUGUCAAAUUUGUAUACUGUUUGCGAACAGGCAUGUAGAGUUCUUUAUGAAUUUGUAUUUAUUGUAUUUAUUUGUCUGUAAUAUAUUUGUCGCAUUUUUACAAAACAAAGAUAAAAACAAUGUGCAAUUUAAUUUAUAUUA